UUUUACAGAGAAACAUCACAUGGGCAGCAGCAGCAGCAGGAACAGGAACAAGACAAUAUUUACUUUUUACCAACUGCUAACGACAUAAGCUUAAGUCUUAUAUAUUCCCAAAUCGGACACCAUGGCGGACAAUGUGCCUUUUAGUCACAGAUGUACGGCCUUCAUAUUUGGCCUAUUUCAGACCAUUUCUCGCUUCUUCUUUCGCCUGAUAUUUGGAGCCAAGGGUGAGCGUAUGCCCCCUAUAACGGAUUCAAUACUUCUCGAAUCGGCCACUUCGUUGGCAACGAAAAUACGCAACCAGCAGCUGGGCAGUGUUCAGGUGCUGGAAUCAUUUAUACGCCGUAUCAAGGAAGUGAAUCCAUUGCUCAACUGUGUGGUGGAUCAGCGCUACGAUGAGGCACUCAAGGAGGCAGCCGCAGCGGAUGAACUGAUCAAAUCGGGACAGUACACUGUGGAGCAAUUGGCCGAGCAGAAGCCAUUUUUGGGUGUGCCCAUUUCUACCAAGGAUUGUAUAGCGGUGAAGGGACUGCUCCAUACGGCUGGUCUCUAUGCACGCCGGGAUGUGCGUGCCGAUGAGGAUGCAGAAGCAAUGGCUUUAAUGCGCAAGGCUGGCGCUAUUCCCUUUGCCCUGACCAAUGUGUCGGAGGUGUGCAUGUGGUGGGAGAGCAACAAUACGGUGCAUGGCAGGACCAAUAAUGCCUAUGAUACGAAUCGCAUUGUCGGUGGCUCCAGCGGCGGCGAGGGUUGUGUCCAGUCAGCAGCUGGUUCACCCUUUGGCCUGGGAUCGGAUAUUGGCGGUUCCAUUCGCAUGCCGGCCUUCUUUAAUGGCAUCUUUGGACACAAGCCCAGCAAGCUGAUCGUAUCGAAUAAGGGACAGUUCCCAGAGCCAUUCAGUGCGGAACAGAACUCGUUCCUUGGUCUGGGUCCCAUGUCUCGCUUUGCUGAGGAUCUGCGUCCCAUGCUACAGAUUAUGGCUGGCGAGAAUGCGAAACUGUUGCGUUUAAAUACGCCAGUUGCUCUAGAUAAGCUCAAGUUCUUCUACCAGGAGUCGGAUGGCGGUGGUCGCAUGGUAUCAUCUGUAGAUCCAGAUCUUCAGCAGGCUAUGCGUCGCGUUGUCCAGCAUCUGAGCGACAAGUUUGGCAACGGACGAGUGGAACGUGUGCAGCUGCCGCAGAUUCGUCAAUCGGCGGCCAUUUGGUUUGCCAAUAUGCGCGAUGAUUCUGGACAUGGAUUCAGCUAUCAGCUGGGCAAUCUGCAACGCGAUAUCAACACUUAUUUGGAGAUGGCCAAGUGGAUGGUUGGUGCCUCCAAGCACACGUUAAUUGGCCUCAUUACGGCGGUGAUGGACAGCAAUCAGUGUCAGCAUGGUUCAUCCAAGUACAAGCAUCUGGUGGCCAAGCGAGAUGAAUUGCGCGCCAACAUUCAGAAAUUGCUGGGCGACAAUGGUGUUCUCAUCUAUCCCACGCAUCCCACUGUAGCACCGUAUCACAACGAGCCUCUGCUGCGUCCCAUUAACUUCUCCUACACGGGCAUCGUGAAUGUUCUCGGGUUUCCGGCAACCGCUGUUCCCUUGGGACUGGGCAGCGAGGGAUUGCCGCUGGGCGUCCAAGUGAUUGCCAAUUUCAACGAGGAUCGCCUCUGCCUGGCCGUCGCCGAGGAGCUGCAGCGUGCCUUUGGCGGCUGGAAGCGUCCAGAGGUCCAUCUUUGAGCCAUUUGUAUACCCCUAUGUGUGUAACUUAGCUUAGUAAUUGAAAAUUGUAUCUUGGGCCCCACGUAAAAAACUAAACCCCACCAAAUACUACUCAAAUUUGAAAGUCGUUCUAUUAACGUGUCCAAUGUUCCCCUAUUUGUAUAUGUAUGAAUAUACAACGGAUUCUAGUGCCUCGUAAUAUCAAAAUUUCAGAGUAGCUAUUAUUGCAAUUAUAUCAAUCAUACGUUUUUAAUCAUGGAUUCCUAAGAAAUGUCAGAUAAAAUCAUUUGAUUUUGCAUUUAAAAUAAAAAAUUCUAAAUAGUAAACA